GGGCGGGGGCGGGGCGGGCUCCGCCUCGGGGCGGCGCGGGCGGCGGCGGCGGCCAUGGCCGGCGGGAGCGGGGGCCGGUGGCGGCGCCCGGGGCCGGCGGCGCCGCGGGGGCUGAUGCGCGCCGGGCUGGCGCUGCUGGUGCUGGGCCACUGCGGCCUGGCGCUGGGCGCCAUCGUGCACGGCUCCGUCCUGCGGCACGUGGCCGGCGCCCGCCGCGCCGUCACCCCCGAGUACGCGGUGGCCAACGUGGUGUCCGUGGUGUCCGGGCUGCUGAGCAUCGCCGCGGGCAUCGUCGCCAUCCUGGUGUCCAACGACGCGUCCCGGGCAGCGCUGCACUGGACCCUGCUGAGCGUGUCCCUGCUGAACAGCCUGCUGUCCGCGGCGUGCAGCGUGGGCCUGGCGCUGGCCAUUGCCCUCACCGUUCGCAGCCGGGGACUGCGUCUUGUCACGGGCUGCAACAGCCCCGCGCUGCCCGCUGACGCGCGCGCGGCCAUCGUGACCAACGACUGCCCCUUCAACACCACGCGGAUCUACGACACGGCCCUGACGCUGUGGUUCCCCUCCAUGGUGCUGGCGGCCGUGGAGGCCGUGCUGUCCGGCAGGUGCUGCUUGGCGGCCUUGAUCCUCCAGGGCAUCGGGCCCUGCGCCCGCCCCUCCAGCAGCGAACAGCUGGCCAGGCCGGGCGCAGUGAAGGAGGGGCCCCCACGGGAGACGCGGCAGCUCCUGGCGGGGCUUGCCGAUUCCCGCGUCUAGCUGGCGAGGUGCUGCCGGAGGAGCACUGGGCCCCGGGGGGGGUGAGGCUGCGCCAGGCUCCUGCCCCGGGCGUGGGCACAGGCAGGGCGGCCUGCGGGAGGGCGACGCGCGCACCCCCUCCCCAGCCAGCACCAGCCCCCGGGUCACCGGCAGCCCCAGCCCCGCGGAGCCCAUGUGCCGCAGCGAGCGCCGUACGGACCUGCCUAGGGCACGAAAGGCUCUGGGGGGGCUUGUUCCUGCGGCGGCCGGGCAGGAGUGGUGGGCAGAGGAGCCCGGGGCCUGGCAGCAGCCGGGGCUGACCUGGAGCCCGGUGGCCCAGCUGCGGAGCAGCCGAAGCCUCUGCCGUUUCCUUGCGUAAAUAAAGUUUUCAUUCCCA